AUGUUUACUAAACCUGUUGCUAGCUCAUCAGCAUAUCACUACAUCGCCACCAUACAUUAUUCCUCCGAUUGUCGGGACGGCUCAUCAGCAUAUCACUACAUCGCCACCAUACAUUAUUCCUCCGAUGGUCGGGACUGCUCAUCAGCAUAUCACUACAUCGCCACCAUAGAUCAUUCCUCCGAUGGUCGGGACGGCUCAUCAGCAUAUCACUACAUCGCCACCAUACAUCAUUCCUACGAUGGUCGGGACUGCUCAUCAGCAUAUCACUACAUCGCCACCAUAGAUCAUUCCUCCGAUGGUCGGGACGGCUCAUCAGCAUAUCACUACAUCGCCACCAUACAUUAUUCCUCCGAUGGUCGGAACUGCUCAUCAGCAUAUCACUACAUCGCCACCAUACAUCAUUCCUCCGAUGGUCGGGACGGCUCAUCAGCAUACCACUACAUCGCCACCAUACAUCAUUCCCCCGAUGGUCGGGACGGCUCAUCAGCAUACCACUACAUCGCCACCAGAGUCUCCAGUACCUUCAAAAUCUUGUCAGUAUCUGCUAUCGAGAACUCGUGA